GUCGACAAAUUUACAUCUUGAAGUUGUUAAUGCUUAGAAAGAAGAAUGCCCAGCUAUGGACAGUGCAUUAACUGCUGGAAAGCUCAUUGACAUGAAGUGGAAGCUAGGAGUGGCUGUAAGCAGUGAUGAAUGUAAAUCAUUGAAUUCACCUUGUGUUACCAUGACACUCAAAGUUGCUGAUUCCUCAGGAAAAAUAUCCACUCACUCUAUGGAGAUGACAAUUUCACAGUUUCAGAAUUUUUCAAAGCAAAUGAAGGAAAUGGCCAAUAAGAUGGAAAUGGUUUGAGAAAACAAGACGUAGCAGUUAGCGAUCAAGGAGAUGAAGAUAAAGGCUGAGAGAUUUAGACUUAAAAGACUGUGUUAAUGCAUUCUUAUGUAAUGGAAAGAAACAACACUAAAUUGGACUACAUGCAUUAAUAAAAAGGAACACUGAAAUAAAUAAUUCUUCUGAAGCAAAAUCUGCACAAAAACAUAUUGAAUCAACCAUACAAACUAACUGAAAAAGACUUAUCUACUACUUCAUACUAUUGUAUAUGUUCUGAAGACUUCCACUUCUUUAGCAAUUUAUAAUGAAUUCUUGGAUGUACUCCAGUUAUUUCUGAGAAUUAUUGGUGCAUAUUUUUUUAAAAUUUAAUCAUAGAUCUGAAAGACAUACAGUGCAUAUAAUGCCUUUUACCUCCUUUACUUCUAUAUUAAAAUGUUUAUUUAUUAAAUUAUAUAAAUUCA